AUGCAAGCGUUCCAAUACACGAGAAACGAAUGUACAUUCUACAACUGUGUCCGGGAACUGCUGGACAAGCAAGCGGCAAUCCAGACACAGGAGCAUCGCAUUGAACAGGGUCUCCCGGUCAGGAACGAGGACAGACCUGUGCCAUUGACCAAAAGGCCAUUCCUGACAAGGGAUAGCCUGAGCAAGCAAUACAAGCGGGUCUGCGUCCAUUCCAACAUCCCGAUCAACGUUCCAGGGCUUCAACUUAUUGACAGCACUCAAGUCCUCCCUGAUGGUUUGGAGGCCGUCAAUGCCUCAGGGAAAGUGGCUGGUACAACUAUCCGAGAGUUCGUACGGGGCAUGGGCAUUGCAAAUACACAACAGCAACAUGCACAGCGCACGCUGAUCACGGCCAUGGAGUAA